AUGGCCAUUCAGGGAGUUGAAAAUGAAGCCUUUGGUUUCCUGGUUAAACAGGGGGCAGAAGCUGAAGUUCGUUGCAUGACAAAAGUUAGGCGUCUUGGUGUCCCCACUCCAGUAUUAUAUGCUGUCGAUCCAAUUCUGCAUACUCUGACAUUUGAAUACGUGGAUGGGCUCUCUGUGAAGGAGAUCCUAUUAGAUUUUGGAUUAAAUGGUAUUGUUGAAGAACAACUAGAUGAUAUUGCAAUACAGAUAGGAACUGCAAUGGGAAAAAUGCACGAUGGGGGUCUUAUCCAUGGUGAUUUGACCACUUCAAAUAUGAUUAUUAGGGAGAGACUAAUCAUUUGGAAGUAUUUUACAUCCAUCAAUAUGAUAAUUAUUGAUGUUCUUAUAGAAUUUGGUCUGAGUUUCACAUCAACUCUUCCUGAAGAUAAAGCAGUCGAUCUAUAUGUGUUAAAGAGAGCUUUGUUGUCAAUGCAUUCUUCAUGUGGAAAUGUGGUUAGUUGA